CCAGAUUUUGUGAAUUAAAAUAUAUAAGGGCGUUUUGGGGAAGACAAGAGUGAGUGGCUCUGUCACAGUCGUCUCAGCAGCCUUCCGCCUCCUUUUUCUUCUUUGCUUCUUCUUCUCCUCCUCUCUUUGGUUCUGGGUUUUGUCAUUGCUGCCCAAAAGUGCUUCACCAUGAACAACCUCUCAGCCUUUGCAGCCCUUGAUGCCAACCCACUCUCCAAAACAUGCUAUUUGGGCACCCACCACAACAGGUUUAAUCUCCUCCAGCGCCCCAGAAAUGUUGUUGUAUGCUCAGUGAAGCCCUCAGUUGCCUCCCCCUCAUUGCUAAGUGUGGCUGGGUCCCCCAACAGUGGGCCUAAUCGAAUUGAGUCUCUAACCCAGGUCUCAGGAGUUUUGGGGUGCCAGUGGGGUGAUGAAGGUAAAGGCAAACUCGUUGACAUCUUGGCCGAGCACUUUGACAUUGUUGCUCGUUGUCAGGGAGGAGCUAAUGCUGGACACACCAUUUACAAUGCAGAAGGAAAGAAGUUUGCACUUCACCUUGUUCCCUCAGGUAUUCUCAAUGAGGAUACUCUCUGUGUUAUAGGGAAUGGUGUUGUGGUGCAUCUUCCGGGCCUCUUUAAAGAGAUUGAUGGCCUCGAAUCUAAUGGAGUGUCUUGCAAGGGAAGGAUAUUGGUCUCUGAUCGUGCUCACCUCUUAUUUGAUUUCCACCAAGCAGUGGAUGGGCUUCGAGAAUCCGAGCUUGCUAAAUCUUUCAUUGGUACUACCAAGAGAGGCAUUGGACCUUGUUACUCUAGCAAGGUUAUCCGGAAUGGCAUUCGAGUUGGUGACUUGAGGCACAUGGAUACUUUACCUCAGAAGCUAGAUCUUCUGUUGUCAGAUGCUGCAUCAAGAUUCAAAGGUUUUGAGUAUGGCCCCCAGAUGCUUAGAGAAGAAGUAGAAAAGUACAAGAGAUUUGCUGAGAGAUUGGAACCCUUCAUUGCUGAUACUGUACUUGUUGUGAAUGAAGCCAUCUCUGAGAAGAAAAAGAUUUUAGUUGAAGGGGGUCAGGCAACAAUGUUGGAUAUUGACUUUGGAACGUACCCCUUUGUCACUUCCUCAAGUCCUUCAGCUGGUGGGAUUUGUACCGGUCUUGGCAUUGCUCCCAGAGUUUUAGGUGAUCUCGUUGGAGUGGUGAAAGCAUACACUACAAGAGUUGGUUCUGGUCCUUUCCCCACAGAAAACUUAGGUAAAGAGGGUGACCUUCUUAGGUUGCAAGGUCAGGAGUUUGGCACAACUACUGGUCGCCCUCGUCGCUGUGGUUGGCUUGAUAUAGUAGCACUGAAAUACUGCUGCCAGAUUAAUGGCUUUUCUUCUGUCAAUCUCACCAAACUAGAUGUUUUGUCUGAUUUUCCCGCAAUUCAGUUGGGUGUUGCCUACAAAACUAGUGACGGCACACCAAUCAAAUCAUUCCCUGGAGAUCUUCGCCUUCUUGAGCAAGUGAAGGUGGAAUAUGAAGUAUUGCCCGGAUGGAAUACUGACAUCUCUAAUGUAAGAAGCUACUCUGAACUUCCAAAGGCUGCACGUCAGUACGUGGAAAGAAUAGAAGAACUUGUUGGUGUACCUAUCCAUUACAUUGGUGUCGGGCCUGGACGUGAUGCCCUCAUUUACAAAUAGUCAUCACAUUAAAUGUUGGGAGAUGUUUCGCAUGGCUAUGACUUUGAUGUACCACACCCAAGCAUUGACUCUGUUCUUUUUAGGUCUUGGGUAAAUUUUGUUUCAGUACCAUUGCUUGUUGUAAUGCAUGAAUUGCUAGGUAGGAAUAUCUGCAACAAUUGGAGCUUGAGGGAAUUUCUCUAUUUUGAAAAACUUCUGAUUGCUUUGAA